CGCUCUGUUGGUGAUGUGUUGAGGCAGCAGGAAAAAAGUUUGUUACACGCAGUGUGAGAAAAUGUCCAGAGGUGUUGACAUGCUACACUCCUCUCAGACCCCUUACAUCUUUGGGAAGCUUUGACAUGCCAUAAUCUUUUUACAAAAUCAGAAAAGAGAGGUCUUCAGUAAAGGCACUAAGAAGAAAACUGUGUCCUGUCAUUCCUGGAGCCACACCUUCUCUUACUGAAUGUUUAGCUCGCUGCAUAGGCUGAGUAGCCACACACUCAACCGAGGGCAGAAGAGUAAAAAGAUUACCUACCUAUUAAGCACCCAAGAUGUCUCAGUCUGAAGCUACACCGCCUAUGUCCCAGAUGGUGGCCCGGUCGGAGUGCUGCUCACGUUCUUCGCGCCGUUCGUCCACCAGCCAAGCCGCAGCACGAGCCCGAGCAGAUGCAGAAGCUGCCCGUGCCAGAGCACAGUACGCCAAACGCCAGAUCGACAUGGAGGUUGAAAAGGCGCGCAUCGAGGCAACGCUAAACGCUCUGAUGAAGGAGGGUGAGGCUGAAGCAGCGCUUGCUGCAGCUUAUGUUCUGGAAGCGGCAGCUGACGAGGAGCACCACGCCAUCGACCUCAGUGAGCAAGGCAUCUCCCCUAAGACGCCUCCUUCCAUUAGACGUGCUCGAGACUAUGUGAAUGCUCACUUCACCAACUUCAGUUUGCAAGUGAAAGAAGAAGAAAAGCCUGACACAAGACAACUGGUCAGUCAUAACGACUCUCACCAUCUACAACAGAGCCAAACACCAGUCGCUUCCUCUCCAGGUGAACAUCUCACUGAUCUUGUAGACAGGGAGCAGCUGAAGCACCCUCCUACACACAUAAAAAUGGACUUUUCACCCCAGCCUAGACCUUCAGUGACUCCACAAACUGAACUGUCGGAUCUAGCAGCCUAUCUAGCACGCCGUGAUCUGCUGACAGCGGGAUUCAAGGUUUUCGACAACCGUCCUGAGUCCUACUUGUCCUGGAAGUCCAUCUUCUGCAAUGCCAUAGAAGGCCUUCACCUUAAGCCCAGCGAAGAGCUUGACCUUCUAACCAAGUGGCUCAGCGGGGAGUCACUUCAACACGCUCUGAGGAUCAGGGCGGUCCAUGUGAACAACCCACAAGCAGGCCUCCAACGUUUGUGGCAGCGAAGUUACAAGAGUUAUGGCUCUCCAGAGGUAGUCGAAGCGUCACUCUUCCAACGCUUACAGACUUUUCCAAAGAUAUCCAAUAAAGACACUCACCUGCUGCAGGAGCUUGCAGAUCUUCUGCUAGAGUUAGAGUAUGCACAAAGUGAAAGUUAUCUGCCAGGCCUUAGCUUUCUUGACACCCCAAGGGGGAUAAACCCGAUAGUUGAAAAGCUCCCUUAUGGACUCCAGGAGUCAUGGUUGAAACAAGGGACAAAAUACAAAAGAGACAAUGGUGCAGUUUACCCACCUUUCUCAUAUUUUGUUCAGUUUGUAAAUGACUACGCUGAAAUGAAAACAGACCCUAGCUUUAUGUUACAAAGUUCAAACAUAGUAGAUCCAAAGGUUGACAAGACACCGGUAAAACCAACCAGAUAAAGAGUCCCUGUUACGGUAAACAAAACAGAUAUCAGUCAA